AUGGCCUCGACACCCCCCGCAUCCGGCCCGUUCAUCGUCUUCGCGACCGUCACCGCAAAGCCCGGCAAGGGCGACGAGCUCGAGAAGGCGCUCCAGCCGGUCAUCGCCAACGCCAACUCGGACGCCGAGCCCUUGACGCUCACGUACCGUUGCGCACGCCACGGAGACGUGUUCCGUUUGUUCGAGGAGUACAAGAGCAAGCAGGGCGUGGCCGAGCACCAGAAGCAGGAGGCGUACCGGGCCCUCGGCAAGUCGGGCCUUGCCGCAGGCGUCAAGAUCGAGAUCUUCCAGGAGAUCCCCAAGCUCUGA